GAAGUGGUUUUCCUUUUUGGUGCAUUGGAGGGGGCUCACGGCCAAAGGCGAGGAGUCGGAGUUUGAUGCCAUUGAGCUUGGCGCCAGGCUCCAAGAUCCGUCCCGACGAUCGCAGUACGGAGGUUUAGACCACACCUGGACCAGCAACUUGAAAAUGGCACUCCUUGCAACGGAGAUGGAGGGCAAAGCUCGCCUCUGUAGCGAGAAACUCAGGGCGCAGGAGGACAUGCAGUGCCGUGGUUGCAUGCAGCGCUUGGCUCCAACUGUAGCUGAAGCAUGCUUGCAGGACAACCCCGACGGGCAGCAGAGUCUGGACAUGAAGGCUGUGAGGAAAAAUGCCUUCGAGUCCGGUGCCAAUCAGCUGGAGCUUUCAGCUCUUGUUCUGCAAAACUUCGAUUUGAUCGACUAUUGCCAGAGCCCCAUCUUUGCGACAUACCUCGCCACAACACGAGCUGCAAGGGAGUUGCCCACGCGAGUGCAGUUCCAGGCAGACAGAACCAACAUGGCAUGGCUGAAGGACGAAAUCAGCCUGUUGUUUCAGCAGGCUCAUGAUCCCGUGGUUCUUAGACGCCUCAAGGUCUGGAAGGGUAUGGCACGCAACGACGAUGGAUCACUGAAGCCAACAGACAUGCAACAAGAGCACCUGGAAGCCUUCUGGAACUUAGUCGUCGCCACUGCGUCGGAACGCACGUGGUUUCUUCUUCACUACGUGUAUACUGGGCCGGAGAUGUUCGCAGGGCUGAUCAGCGAUGAUGAGGGCGAAGCCCUGGCGUGCCUUGCGAGGGUGCGUUCUGCGGCUGAGUGCCUGAUUGCAGCAGAGCGCGCGGUCAAUGAUCCGCAGCAUCAAGACAGAGCACUGCGUGCUGUGCUGGACAAUGUAUGGUGGAACAAGCUGCCCUUGAUCCGGCUCAUGUUGGCGAAGCUUCGGGCUCACUCGUGGCAGCGGGGGAGCUUGUGGCAGUUCACGUGGAAACUUUUCGGGCAUGGGCUGAUCCAUAGCAAAUCAACACAGGAGGACGUGCUUCAGGAGUUGCAAAAUCUUGCUCGUUCGAAUCGCAAUCCCGAGAUGCGGCAGCAGCGUGUCUUCUACACGCAAGCGACCUCAAAAAGGUUGCAGGCAACGGGGGAUGUCGAGCUCUUGAAGCUGCAGAAAGGGGAUUUGCAGCGCCAUGGACGGGCGCAUGAGGUCACCAAUGAUUGUUUUCGAUCCCGGAAGACACUCCUGCCUGAUGCCCCGGAGACGGAGUUCGUUAAGCAGUCCAUUGAAAAGCUCAAGAGUGGCGUACAGGACGGUGUGAAGCCUGCUGGCACCGAAGCAGACGAGCGCGCAGUCAGCGCGCUCGCAGCGCUGCAGGCAUUGCGCCGCAACGGCUUUCUUGGGGCCGACGCUCUGUGGGCAGGAAGUUUGCUUCAGCGUGGCCACCUGUUCCGACAGAAAGCCACUCACAAGACUUUCAUUUCUCUCGGUUUUGAAAGCUAUUGUGCCUUGGGAUGGGAGCUGGCCACGAGAAGCUUUUGCGGGCACACAUACUUCUACUAUGCGCCUGCGCUGACACGGGCCGAUGCAGUGAAGCAGCUGCUUUUCUUAGUCUGCACAGACUUGGCCAAGGAUGCUGCAAGCGCCGGGCGUGAGGAGUUUGAAGCCAUACCUUUUCAGCUGUGCCCUUCAUUCUCCGAUUUAGGGGAGACAUGCUCCGGCGAGUGCUUGCCCAUAGAGGUGCGGGGACAUGGAUUGCUGCUGAAGCAAACGGGUGCGCCGCGACGGCUCAUACCUCACAUGCUUCUUAGCAAGUCGCUGGAGGGGAUCACAGAGCUCGUCCUUCGCAGCAUCUUAACUAUUCAGGGCGCCCAAGUUCAGAAGAAACCAGGCGAGAAGUCCGUCACGAAGCGGACUUUGCUGUGGAGCGUGAUCUGCGCCGAGUUUGCCAACAAAACUGUUGAAGAGCAGUCUCGCAUCUUUCUGAGCUUCUACAAGGAAACAACGAAAUCCUCUGUGGUGCCGGAUGAGAUUACGUCCAAAGCCCUUGAACACCUGCCUUUCGACGAAGUCCAAUCAGAUUUCAAGGGCAUCAAAGACCGCUUGGAGCAACUCGACGUGGAGCAGCGUUUCAAAGAAGUGCUGCACCGGGAGAAGGGCGAGAAAGCCCGGGUGGAGUAUGAGACACCUGAUGCCAUAAAGCGGUUGAAGCCUUCCCAGGGAGUGAAAACAGUCCUAUGCAUGGACUUGCUUGGCCAGCCGAGUGCAGACGAUGUGCGAAAUGCUUUGGCAGAGGCUCUUCAGCAGAUCGAUGAUUGGGUCGUGUGCUUCGGAGGCGUGACACUUCCGACGUGGAAGAAGCCGAACCAGCAGAUCCAGAAGAGCCACCCGCAAGUCGUGGACGUGGCCGAGGCAGAGCCCGGCGUGGUAGUGGUGGGAGAGGCGCUGCUGCCGCUAGUGGCAGACCGGCAGCCGCCAAGGCAAAGACAAAGCGCAAGAGCAAAGCCAAGUCAUCCAAGUCUUCAGCUUCGUCGGCCUCAAAGAGUGCUUCCGACUGACACGAGACUUGUUUCCUGGUGCCGCGUUGCUGAAAGCACAGAUGGCAUGCCACCAAAGCAGCAUCGAGUGCCAAAAAGAGGAACAGACAUUCAGUUGCAGCUACAGCUAGGACCACUCCGCCAAACCGAGGCUGCCUUAUAUAGCAACCCCAUGUCUAGCAUAAGUCGUGGGCACCCAUGUACUGUACAUGAGGCUUCUAUGCCACUCCCAUGA